GAGGUUACGAAGGCCGGUCUCAUUAUACAUAGCAUUGCAAACUGAACCCCAAGCCAUGUCAUCGGCUAUUGCUAUGCUGAGCGUCUAUUCUGAACAGCUGUGGAACUCCUAACUCCACACACCUUUAUUCAACGAUUUAUUAUUGACCCGGCAUAUGCACGAUGAUAUGUUUCAAAUAGAUCAUACCAAUGCCAAUGCCGAAGACUCGGUGCGGGACUUCCAGAUCUCCAACACGGCAGAUAACUAUUCUCCUCAUCGCCAGUUCUGCGGGGUAGCAAGUGGCGUCGACCCAACACAGCAAACCCAGAAUAUAAAAUGUGAAGCAUUAAUGAUUAUUAAGGCCUUCGAUUAUAAUUGCUAAGCAGCAUUAUAUAUCAUGGCCGACGACAAGAACGAUAGCACAUACGUACCUCUUCUCUCAGAGAAACACUCGGGUAUUCCUCAGUGGCUCCUCGAAAAGGCUCAGGACGCAAAGGCGCACGUCUUGUCUGUGAAGACAAAGACAGAUAAUGCAAAGCCACGGACCCUGGUGUACCCUCCAGGUGUAGAUAAAAGCGUCUUCGAUGAGGCGGUGGGGGAUCUUCGAGAGCUACUAGGUGCCGACCAAGUUGUUCUCAAUGAUUUACCGCUUGAGGAUGGAUGGUACAUGGAGCACCCUAAUACCCAUGACAUGAUGUACGUCCUCGACCAGGAUGAGUUAGUUCCAUCUGCUAUCGCAUAUCCUGGUAGCACAGAAGAGGUGCAGCAGAUCGUGAGAUGGGCGAAUAAUUACCGAAUCCCAAUCUUUCCCAUUUCAAUGGGGCGAAACUUCGGCUAUGGUGGAGCAGCACCUCGUGUUCGGGGUUCUGUUCUAGUUGAUAUGGGUAAGCGGAUGAACAAGAUUCUAGAUAUCAACCCAGAUGAUUAUACCUGCCUUGUCGAACCUGGAGUGUCCUUUUUCGCUCUUCAUGAGGAAAUCCAAAAGAAGGGGUAUGAUCACUUGUGGAUAGAUACUCCGGAUGUGGGCGGUGGCUCCAUCCUUGGAAACACGCUUGACAGAGGUGUUGGUUAUACACCUUAUGGUGAUCACUGGUCCGUUCAUUCGGGGCUUGAGGUCGUUCUCCCAACUGGAGAAGUCAUCAGGACUGGCAUGGGGGCACUCCCGGGUAACAAUACGUGGCAGACAUUUCCCUACGGAUUUGGGCCGUACUCCGACGGCAUCUUCUCGCAGUCAAACUAUGGCAUAGUAACCAAAAUGGGAAUGACACUGAUGCCAAAUCCGGGUGGCUUCGAAAGCUUUGCAUAUACGUUCCCUAAAGAGGAGGACCUCACUCAAUUGAUCGAGAUUAUCCGCCCAUUGAGGAUCAGCAACAUUCUCGAAAACGCUGCGCAACUGCGCCAUGUUAUUCAGAGCAUUGCGGUUGUAGGGCAGCCUCGGAGCACAUACUACACGGGUGAGGGGGCCAUUCCGAUAGACAUUAUUCAUGAAACAGCGUCAAAAACGCCGUUAGGUGAUCACACUUGGGUUUACUAUGGAAUGUCGUAUGGCCCGCCACAUAUUCGAAAGUAUAAGCUUGAUAUCAUCGAUGCCGAGUUCAAAAAGGUACCUGGUGGGCGGCGCAUCGACCCCGCGACUUUGCCGCCUAGUCACUAUUUCUGGGCGCGUGACCGCAUUGCUUCCGGAACUCCAGAUGUUGAAGAAUUACGAUGGGUUCAAUGGGUUCCGAACGGGGCACACAUCGCUUUUUCGCCCGUCAGUCCGAUCCGUGGGGCCGACGCGACGCGAUUGAUUGAGAUUGCGAGGCGACGUCAUCAUGAAUGUGGCAUUGAUCUUCUACCGGCUUUCAUCGUUGGUUUACGCGAGAUGCACCUCAUAGUCGAGAUCGUAUACGACCGGACAGACAAAAAACGUCGGAAAGCAGCGCUGGACUGCCUUCGUGCCAUGAUUCAGGAUGCAGCGGAAUGCGGAUACGGCGAAUACCGAACGCACCUCGUGCUAAUGGACCAGAUUGCCGGGACGUACAACUGGAACGAUGGCGCGUUGAUGAAAUUCAACGAGAAGCUCAAGGAUGUGCUGGAUCCUAACGGCAUCUUGGCUCCUGGACGCUGUGGUAUCUGGCCAAGACAAUAUCGGGGUCGCGGCUGGGAGAUGACACGCGAAAGCGGUGAAAGCUCGCAGGGCAAUGGCGUCGCAGCGGAUUGAAGGAUGGCAUAUGACGUUUGAUAUUCUCGUCCUGAUGGGGAGUCUUGACGCCAUCAAGGUUGGGCAGGGCUAAGGCUCGGUAUUAGCAAAAUAUUAGCAAAUAUUUAAUGGCGGCUGGCAUGUAUUGCAUAGUUUUGGGCAGUCGUGAGUUUCUGUUACGAAAUGAUACAGUGCCAUGCACUGUGUCACUCCGCCUCUGGCCUGCCGGCAUAUAUGAUAUAUCUAACGAGGUCAUAGUGCCAAUAAGGACACGCAUACUGUCCCUCAGUCCUACUA